AUGGGAGUUGCAGCAGCAGCAACGCUAUCAACUGGCAACAACCAAAGGCGAAUCAACAGAGUCCUCUUUCUGUGCCAGGAUCGGCAGUGGUGGCAUGGGACGGACUUCAGGCAAGUCAGACAAGCCAGAUCAUCAUCGUUUUAUCGCAAGGACUGCAGUGGUGGCAAGGACUGCAGUGGUGGCAAGGACUGCAGUGGUGGCAAGGACUGCAGUGGUGGCAAGGACUGCAGUGGUGGCAAGGACUGCAGUGGUGGCAAGGACUGCAGUGGUGGCAAGGACUGCAGUGGUGGCAAGGACCGCAGUGGUGGCAAGGACCGCAGUGGUGGCAAGGACCGCAGUGGUGGCAAGGACCGCAGUGGUGGCAUGGCAUGGGACGGAACUCAGGCGAGGCCAACUCAGACAAGGCCAACGUGUGCCUCUUCCCAUUCAUAUCACGGCGCGGACCGCGACAUUCGUGCAUGGCGGGUGGGAUGGUUUCCACGGCAGCGCGGAAGCAGGUCAUGCAUUGACUGCCGAGGAGGAACCGCAAAGGAUGGUUGGAUGAUCUCGAAUCCUGGCUUCGGGCCCUGGCGCCGCUACCCGCCGCACCUCGAAAAUUCCGUGCGCAAUGCCAUUGCCGGGGGCCUCCCGUCGGUCGAUCUCGGCACCUUUGCGUCCGACGUGUACCCUAACGGCGCGCGCUAUACCGCGGAUCUGCGCGCCAUGAAGCAGCGGAACGUGCAGAGCGGGUACACGCGCCAGAUUAAGGUGAUUGGCGCGGCGCUGCCCGCUCCCGCGCCGUCCCAGGCCUUGGGAAUGCCGAACCAGGGCCUUCAGCUGCCGGGGGGGGCACCGCUGCCAACCAUUCACUGGCGCGACAGUCGCAACAACCUCCGCGAGUACGACGCAGCCACGGCCCGAGCCAUCUUCCGAGCCGGCGCGCAGGGCUACAUGUGCGCGCAAACCGCGCCAAUCAUCACAGACGCGUACCCUCUGGGCGUGGUGUACACUAUUGAUCUGCAGCGCAUGGUGCAGCGGAACCCGUUCACGGGGCGGGAGAGGGAUGUGGUGGUGCAGUUUCCACACAACCCUCUUGAGCUGCUCAAGCUGGCUCUGGGGGCCACAGGACAGGACCGCAAGCAGUUAUUAGGCGCAACACUGGAAGCUUUCUGUUCAGAGGACAAUGUGAUGAAGAUGCUGGCGGGAAAGAUUUCGCCGUACCAGAUCAUUGCGAAGCGGCGCAAUCCGAACCUGCAGCUGGGGCAGCCGGUGUUUGACAAGUUCGUGGAAUCCAUGGAAGGGAUCGCCACUGGCUGCGCCAACCUCAGCCCCAGUAACUUGAUCGAUGGACAGACCCAAGCAAGCGGCCUGCCACUCCCUCUGCAGCUCGCAUUCCAUGGCACCCCGCCUGAAAACAUCAACUCAAUCUUCAAGGAGGGCAUGAGGGCCAGCCGGCAUUGGUUUGGUUGCCAUGCAAGCGUUAGCAGGUCAUAUGUCACUCCUUCACGCUCAGGCCCCGCUGGGCCUGUGUGGAAGCUCAUUCUCUUCGUGCUGCUCAUGGUGCAGACUGUGAUUUCCUCGCGGUCUGAUAGUGUGGUGGUGAUGACCAGUGCUCACCACGAGCUGCCUGUGUAUGAGAUUACGUUUCAGGGUUAG